CAGCUAAUAUUACAGCCUGUUUCACUCUCAUGUUUCUCUGCUGAUUCUCUUCUCCUCUUUUAUUCCAGCUGGUAACUCUACAUAUCUUCUCCUCCCCAAAUCCCAUCUCUCCCUUUCUCUUGAACACAACAAAAUAUCCCACCAACACCACCGUCUGAGGCUGCGCUACCAUCAGUAUUCGUCGUUACAGCAAUUGAAAUUUGUUCUCAAUCAACAAUGGAUCCGUGCCCAUUUUUACGGAUCCUCGUAGGUAACUUGGCUCUUAAGUUUCCACCUGCUUCAAGAUCCUCCUUUUCAGGCGUAAGCUCAUGCUUUUGCAAGAUCAAGCUCAAGAAUUUUCCUACCCAACAUGCCACAAUCCCUCUAUUGAAUCAACACAAGCAAGAACAGAGUAAAAACCCAGAAAGCAAUUACAUAUCAAAUUCUCUUGCGGCUUGUUUCAAUCUCGAUAAAUCCCAGAUCGAGAAAUUCUCGUCUUCUAAGAAACCCAAGAGUUUGAAUAUUGAGAUCUAUACUUGCGAAGAUGGGUUUAGAUGUGGGUGGAAAGAUGGUAAGCUUUUAGGGAGGGUGACUGUUCCACUGGACAUGAAAAGGGCAGAGUCGAGGCCUUAUGCAUUGCACAAUGGAUGGAUUGGUAUUGGAGGAAAGAACAAGAAAGGAUCAUCCAUGGUUGAGUUUUGUUUGAGUGUUAAUGCUGAACCUGAUCCGAGAUAUGUGUUUCACUUUGGAGGAGAGCCCGAGUGUAGCCCUCAGGUUUUUCAAGUGCAAGGAAGUGCCAGGCAGGCCGUUUUCACUUGCAAGUUCAGUUUGAGAAACCCUGGAGAUCGCAAUUUGGGACCAAGGCAAUCAAUGUUGGAACCAAGCACAUCAAGAAACUGGCUACUUUCUGCGGGAGCUGAAAAGGACCAACCUGCAAAAGAGCGAAAAGGAUGGACAAUUACAAUCCAUGACCUCUCAGGCUCACCAGUAGCAAUGGCAUCGAUGGUGACACCAUUCGUUCCAUCCCCAGGUUCAGACCGCGUCAGCCGCUCCAACCCGGGUGAUUGGCUAAUCCUUCGCCCAUCACUCGGCACCUGGAAGUCCUGGGGCCGCCUAGAGGCGUGGCGGGAACAUCCUAAAACCAACGAAUUAGGCUAUCGUUUCGAAUUGAUACAUGACACCGUCACCGCCACCCCCUCCACCACCACCCUAGUCAAUUCCGUCAUUAGCACAAAAAAAGGAGGCAAAUUCACAAUAGACACCACCAACAGUGUCUCCACCCCAGUGUGCAGCCCGCACAGCAGCUGCGAUUUCGGAUCAGGAUCAGGAUCUGGGUCGUGGUCAGGAUCAGAGUUGGGAGCUGGACUCUUCUCGCAAUUCUUGCACAGAGGAUUCGUAAUGUCAUCGACAGUGAAAGGUUCCAGCAGGUGUAGUAAACCGGAGGUGCAGGUUGGGGUUCAGCACGUGAAUUGCACAGAGGAUGCGGCUGCUUUCGUGGCACUAGCAGCAGCCAUGGAUCUAAGCAUGGAUGCUUGCAGAUUGUUUUCUCAUAAGCUAAGGAAAGAGCUGAGGCAGCAGAUGCAGCAGAGUCAGAGUUUUGUCGUUUAACCUUGGGUUGGUUUGUCGUUUUGGAUGCUUAGAGGAUAACUGAUGAAUUGUUCGGCGUUGGAAUUUUUUUAACUGAUAACUAAAAGUAAUUUUUGAGUUGGAGA